AUGACCAAAGAGACUUUUGAGCCUCAAGACGCUACAAAAUUCGCCAAGUAUACACCUUUGAUAGAGAAAUACAACCAAGAUGUCAUUGAUCAGAUGAAAAUGUUCGAUGAGGCCUUUUACAAGAAGUGUCUGACUCAAAUUCCGGACGAAGAAGAACUUGAUUCUGAGCCCAUUGAUGCUAGAAAAUAUCUGUCGUUGUUAUCCGAAGAAGAACAAAAAAUUGUAAAUGACUAUUCGAUUCCCGAUUUGACCUCUAAGCAAUUGAAAGGUGAGUUGACUGCCGUUCAAGUUAUUGAAGCUUAUAUCAAGGCUUCAAUUGUCGCCCAGCUUACCACCAACUGUGUCAUGCAGUUUCUUAUUCCAGAGGCCCUCGCCAGAGCUCGCGAACUAGACGCAUAUCUGAAAAAUCAUUCUAAACUUGUCGGACCGCUACACGGUGUUCCUGUAUCUUUGAAAGAGCAGAUGAAUUACAAGGGUAAAUCGACAAAUGCUUCUUAUGUGGCGUACCUUGAGAACAUUGCUGAGAAAGACGCCGUCUCUAUUGGUAUUCUGAGAAGACUAGGUGCCGUUUUCCAUGCCAGGACUGCUCAACCUCAGGGUAUUAUGCAUCUCGAUACCUGGAACAAUAUUAACGGCCGCACCAGAAACCCAGUAUCGACCAGAUUGUCGCCAGGAGGCUCUUCUGGGGGAGAAUCCGCUAUUGUUGCGAUGCAUGGUUCAGCGAUCGGCCACGGAAGUGACAUCGGUGGAAGCGUCCGCGCUCCUGCAGCAUUUGCAAACCUCUACGGUAUUCGUCCCACAACAAGACGCCUCUCGUUGCUGAACGGUCUUUCCAGUGGGAAAGGACAAGAGUCAAUUGUUGCUGUUCAAGGUCCCUUGGCUAGAUCAAUCGAGGAAUUGAACAUGUACAUGGAUGUUUACAUUAACGAAGGCAAACCUUGGGAAUAUGAUCCGCUAUGUGUCCCAUUGAAAUGGAGAGAGCCUUCCUUACCUGCAAAGAUCAAAAUUGGUGUGUUGUACUCCGACAACCUCGUGACGCCGCUGCCCGCUGUCACCCGUGGUAUGAAGACUGUGGUCGAGAAGUUGAAGGCCGAUCCAUCUUUCGAAGUCGUGGACUUGAGUGAAAGAUGGUACACUGAAGAUGAAAUGCUCGAUACCUAUAAUGCGAACCUUUCGCUAUACACCUGUGACGGAAAUUACGUUCAAGAGUCUAUGUUUGGGCCAAGCGGGGAGCCAAUUCUACCAUUGACCAAGCAUUAUUUAGAGUUUGGAGGCGGUAAGGAAUUGUCUAUCUAUGAAAACAGAAUGCUUAAUGCCAAGAGAGACGUCAUCAAAGUCGAGCUCUUGGAAAACCAAUUCCAAGACAUUGAUUUUAUUUUGUCUCCUACGUAUCCUGGUCCCUCUGAAUUGCCAGGUGAGUCUCUAUACUGGGGGUACACCUCGUUUUGGAACUUGGUAGAUUAUCCAAAUACUGUAUUCCCUACCGGAGUUAUCCACGAUGUUAAAAUCGACACUUCGGUGCCUGAACUGAAAUCCAACACCUACGAGAGGAUGGUUUGGUUUGACAAAGCAGGUAAUUUGAAAUAUGACGCAGAAAAUUACAUUAAUGGGCCCGUUGCUCUGCAAUUGACUGGCAAACGUUAUUGCGACGAGGACUUGGUUGCCGCAACCCAGAAAAUUGCCAACUUGCUCAAAGUCCCCAGACGUUAA